GGAGCGGGAGCGGCGCCCGCGCCUGCGCCCAGGAGCCGGCGCGCGGAGCGCAGGGGCUGGUGCCAAAAUGGCGGAGCGCGGCUACAGCUUCUCCCUCACCACCUUCAGUCCUUCUGGGAAGCUUGUUCAGAUUGAAUAUGCUUUGGCUGCAGUAGCUGCAGGAGCUCCAUCAGUUGGGAUUAAAGCUGCAAAUGGAGUGGUGUUGGCAACUGAGAAGAAGCAGAAAUCCAUUCUGUAUGAUGAAAGGAGCGUCCACAAAGUAGAACCAAUUACCAAACAUAUAGGUUUAGUGUACAGUGGUAUGGGUCCAGAUUACAGAGUACUUGUGCACAGAGCUCGGAAGCUGGCCCAGCAGUAUUACUUGGUUUAUCAUGAGCCCAUUCCAACAGCUCAGCUCGUACAGAGAAUUGCCUCUGUGAUGCAGGAGUACACGCAGUCUGGUGGUGUUCGUCCCUUUGGUGUAUCGCUGCUAAUAUGUGGCUGGAAUGAGGGGCGGCCGUAUUUAUUUCAGUCGGAUCCAUCUGGAGCUUAUUUUGCCUGGAAAGCAACAGCAAUGGGAAAAAACUACGUCAAUGGGAAAACAUUUCUUGAGAAAAGAUACAAUGAAGAUUUGGAGCUUGAAGAUGCCAUUCAUACAGCUAUCUUAACACUAAAGGAGAGCUUUGAAGGGCAAAUGACAGAAGACAACAUUGAAGUUGGCAUCUGUAAUGAAGCUGGUUUUAGGAGGCUCACUCCAACUGAGGUUAAGGACUACUUGGCUGCAAUAGCCUAGUAGAAACCCGAGCUAGACUGUGGUUCACACAAAGGUCUUUUUAAUUUUGGCUACUUAAAUGUUUUUCUUUGCAGUUUUUGCAUACUUAUUUCUACAUGGUUUGUCUGAGAGAUUUUUUAAACAUCAUGGAUGCAAAUACAACGGUCCUUGAUAUUGUAAUACAUGGAAUCUUGUUAAAGAUAAUUCUUUCCCUUGAUACACAAAAUACUGUACAAAAUGUAAAGUUAUAGUGACAGCUUGAAAAAGGCUAAAGAAUAAAAUCAGAGGCCAUUGUUUUGGGGGAAGGUGUCUGUGUGUCUUUUCAAUCCUAGCCUGUUUAUCUACAUAAAACUUAGAUUUCAGUAUCCUUAUUGCUGAGGAAACAGCUUUUCAUAUACAGCCAUGGUGAACUUAUGUUCAGCCUUCUUUUAAAAAAUUUAAAUAUUGAGUGAUAGGAUAAUUUUUUCACUUAGGAAUAUUGUUUAAAUGUUAAUUAACCUCCAGAAAUAGUUUUAUGGGAUGCACAAGAUCAUGUACUUUCACAAAGGGGCAGGAAAGGCUUCCAUUUCAGGUGUGUACUGUGAUCUGAUUGAGCCACUCUGCUUUUGACCAUCCUGGUCUUUGUGUCCUAAGAACUUGUUUUACUUGAGUUAUUUUCUUGGCCCUUGAAAUUGCACCUUUACAGCCUUGAAAUAUUGUUAGGAAAAGUAGAAACAGUAACUCUUACUGAAAACUAAAUGCAUUUAUCACUAUCAAUAAAAAUCAAUGGGAUUUACAAAACAGAAUGAGAGUAUGUAAUGUAAUUACUUUAUCCCUUGAAUUGUGCUAAAGUGUUUUCCAACUUGCAAGAUAAUUCUAAAGAUGUAAUGAAGGGAGCAUUUAAUUUGUGCACCAUAACUUUUACAGAUAUUGUGUGGCUAUAUCAAUACAUUUGUUACAUGUGUAGAGUCAUUCAUUCAAGUGAUAAAAACUUACAUUUUCCACAAAAGAAAUUGGAUAAAUAUGCAGGCUUUUUUUCCAGCCAAAAUAAUCUGGUAUGCAGCUAUUUAAGUGACUGUUUUCAGAUUUUGUAUUUUGAAAGCAAUCUGAUUGUUAAAACGUUGAUAAUGAACUCGGAGCAGCAGCUCAAUCAGUCUGCUUGUAUGUAAGGCUAAGGAUGUAGGGGAGCAGUCAGGCAGGUCCCACAUCAGCCAGCCUUAACUAACAAAGAAAAUACAGAAUAUGAGUAGAAAAUAGUGUAUAAGCUGAUUGACCUGUGCUUUCCCAUGUCUGUCUUCUGAUGGGUUUUGUUAUCAUCAGGUGAGUAAGAAUUUCUGAAGCAUGCCAGAAAUGAAUUUUUAUUUCUUAAAUAAAAGCUCUGUCCAAAUGGUUCA